AUCAGAAAUUUGAAGUUUUGUAAACAAAAACCACAAAUUCUUUGAGCCGCUCAUUAGGCCGGAAUCAAAUAUCUUGUUGCUCUGUGUGCCGCUCCUCUUCCACUGUCCACCACGCACCCACAAAAUGGGAACUUCUCUUCUCUCAGUUCCUGCCCCAUUCUUCCACUCCUCCCAUCGUUCCCGAUUCACCACUUCAUUCCCAUUUUCAUCAUCUAGACCCAGCCCCUUCCUCUCUUCUUCCUCCUCCUCCUCUUCUUCAUCUUCGGUUGUUGAUGAAGAACUCAAUUCUUCUUCCCCAGAUCAACUCUCUCUUCAAUCUGAAUCUGACCCAGAUGAUUCUUCCUUCAGAGGAUGUAAGGCUUGUGGAAAGGAAGAAAUUGAGAGGGGAUGCAAUGGUGAGGGAAGGAUGCAAGGUGGAAUUGCAACAGUCCCUGGUUUUGGUUGGUGGCCUAUAAAGGCAUACAGGCCUUGUCCUGGAUUUGUAGCAUCAGGUGGCAGAUACAAGCGGCGUGGACAAAGCAUGGACGAGGUUACAUCUGGAGGAGGGAGGACCGAUGCCUCUGCUAGUGUUGGUAGAAAGGACUCGUCGAGGAAAUGGACCUAUGCAGAGAACUAAUUUGGAGCAAUGGUGUGCAGUCCUUUAGAAUUGAAGAGAUUGACAGGAUUUAUGCCUUUCUUGUUGGUCUUAAGUUUGAUGUAGUUCGUAGGCGUAUACUGGACCAGAGACCGAUUCCCUCCUUGAUGGAGGUUUGUUAUGAAAUCCGCCUUAAGGGGAAUCGUACAAGUGCUAUAAAUAUUUCAGCAACUCCUGUUAUUGACUUAGCUGCUUUUAGUGCGAGGUCCUCUACUAGUGGCAGUGACAAGAACAAUGGAAAUUCAAUUUCUGUCUAUUAGCAAUGCAAGAAACAAUAGCCUACCCAGGUGCAAUGUUGGGAGUUACAUGGUCGUCCCCCAAGAGGUUAGAAAUGCUCUCCUAGUGACAAACAAAGCAUUGGGCAUGCGUAUGUGAGUGAGCCUGCUAGACCUUCUCAACCACCUGAUCCACACAUGGAAACCAAACCAAUCUUAGUCCCACUACUCUAGGCACCAUUGUCCAAUCAGGUAUACCUCAGUCCUUUGGUCUUAUUAGUGUUGAUGAGAAAAACCUUUGAAUUCUGGAUUCCGGUGUCGUAGAUCAUUUUAACUAAUUCUUCUGAACAUUUUGUGUCCUAUAUUCCAUGUGUUGGUAACAAAACAAUCAGAAUUGCAAAUGGCUCCUUAGCUUCCAUUGCUGAAAAGGGAAAGAUUUCUCUCUAUGCAGGGCUCUCCCUACAUAAUGUUUUGCAUGUGCCCAAAAUUUCUUAUAAUUUGCUACCUGUAAGCAAAAUUACUCAUGAGUUAAACUGAGGAGCAUUCUUACCUGAUCCUAUUUCUUUUCAAAACUUGAGCUCGAAGAGGAUGAUUGAGACUGCCGAGCAUAGUAGGGGACUCUACCUUCUUGAUGAUGGCGCCUCUUCUAGUAGCACUUCUAGGACUAGUCUUUUGUCUUCCUAUUUUACUACUUUUGAACAAGAGUGUAUGUUAUGGCAUUUUCAUUUAGGCCACCCUAAUUUUCAAUAUAUGAAACAUUUAUUUUCUCA